UAUUUAAAGAAAACACUGACCUCGUUUACUACUAUAUAUACUACUACUAUUCUCUACAAUAAAUAUUGAGAAAUCUUGUGAUAAGAUCGUUCAUUCCUAGCUGAGAGCUAAUGGCUGAGAAACACAACCAACCAAAAGAGGCUCCUCAAGGAGAAUCCGGAAAUCAACCGGGAAAAACAGCAUGGCCAGAAGUCGUUGGGCUCACCACUGAAGUAGCAGAAAAGAAGAUAAAGGAAGAGGUCGCCACCGGCACACAAGUCCACGUGGUGCCUUCCGAUUCGUUUGUGACAAUGGAUUUUCGCACGGAUCGGGUUCGGAUCUUCAUCGAUUCCUCCGGCAAAGUUGUUAGACCACCAAAGAUUGGUUGAUACUUCUACUUCAGUAACAUAUUACUUUGUACCUUGACCUUUUGUCGGAGUUCACCAUGAUACAUGAAAAAAUAAUUGAGCGUGCA